AUGUUUUUAAAGCCAGUCGCAUUCUUUUGUGGUGCAAUACGGGUGAUUUUUUGUUUGUGUCGCGGUAAAGAUCGAGAUAAGCCAGUUAUUUUUACGAACACAUUUUCAUUAUUGGGAAUGGCUGAAGCUCUAGAUGAAAGCAAGUCAAGUCCAAUUGAUCGUGACGAAGUCACACGUCCUUGUUUGUCAGUACAAUUAACACAGCAUUUUCAUAACGAUAAAAGAGAAAAUGCACAUGUUGAAAAAGAUUUUAUGGAUGAUGAUUCUUCAACAAGCAAUAUUCCGUGCGAAUUAUGUUCUGCUCAGGUCAGCUUCUAUGAUUAUGAAGCUCAUUACAGACAAUGUCUGAAAGUUGAAAAGCAACGUAUUGCAGAUAUCACUGGACAUGCUGAUGAUGAACUACUUCCAUGUGAAUAUUGUUCGCAACUAUUCGGUAUUCACAAUCUAUACUCUCAUAUGGAACAAUGUGCUAGAAGUCAGAGGCAGCAUGCAACGACUACAACAACAAAUGCAGAUCAUGUUCUAAUCCCAUGCGAGUACUGCUCUGUGCCUGUCCACAUCGAAGAGUGGACAAAACAUACGAAUGAAUGUGCUGAAAAUGAAAGACAACGAAUAACAAAAGCAACGGAAUUUACAAACGAUGAUUUAAUUCCAUGUGAAUACUGUGAUAAAAUGUUUGCGGCAGUAUAUUUAGAAGAACAUCAGACUGAAUGCAGACGAGAACAGCUAACAUCACCGGGCAACCAUGGUGGCGAAGCAUUUUACGGUGCUUACCCGUUUCCACACACAUGGAACCGUUCUUCUCCCUAUAACAUCUCGCGUUAUGAUCUUGAACCGUCUUCGGAUGAAUAUCAAUACGUAGCUGAAAAAUUCCGUAAAUCAUUACCGUCAAACGAAAUUGUUGGAAUCGAACGAAUUCAGAAUCGACGUUGGUUUAAGCAAUACGAUGCACAUAAAGAUGAUUUUAUCGAAAGAUAUGGUCAAAGCACAGAGCAAUGGUUAUUUCACGGAUGUAAAUCUGAAUCUGUCGAUGCUAUCAUCAAUGACUGUUUCAACCGUAGUCAUGCAGUUCGUUGUGCUGCUGGCCAAGGAAUUUAUUUUGCAACGGAUGCUGCUAUAAGUUUCAGUUACACCCAACCUGAUGCAUCCAAUAUCAGACACAUGUUUAUGGCACGCGUGUUAAUCGGUCAAACUGCGCAGGGAAAUUCUUCAACUCGUGUCUGUCCAGCAGGUUAUGAUACCACAGGUGGUGGAACAGUCUUUGUAACUUAUCACGAUGCACAAGCAUAUGGCGAAUAUUUAAUUUCGUUCAGAUAA